AUGGAGAUGAUUGACGCUGCUAGUGGAGGGGCGCUUGUCAAUAUGACUCCUCAAAGGUAUCGACCGAAUUUAGAACCCACAAGACGGGUUAAUGGGGUAAACAUUUCAUCCUUGGAAGAUAAAUUGGAUAAGCUCACUAAUAUUGUCCAAUCUAUGCUUACAGAAAAGAAGAAUCAGACCCAACUGUGUGGGAUUUGUACUACAUCUGAACAUCCGACGGAUUUGUGCCCAAUCCUUAACGAAAAUUCAACGGCACAUGUUGACGCUGUCGGAGGUUUUCCAGGACCUCCACAAAGACACUAUGAUCCUUUCUCCAACACGUACAAUCCCGGGUGGAAGGAUCAUCCCAACUUGAAUUACGGAGCUAAUCCCCGAUAUAAUCCGGCAUACCAACCGAGACCUUUGCAACCAUCGCAACUGCCACCCAAGCCGAGCACAUCUCUAGAAGCUAUUAUGGAGAGACUUGCCGUCGAUGCUGCGAAAUACCAACAAAGGACAGACGCAUCAAUACAAGAGUUAACUAAUCAAGUUAGUAAACUCUCGAUGGCAGUUAACCGUUUGGAGUCUCAAGGUAAAUUACCUUCCCAGAUGGAGCCGAAUCCUCGACAGAAUGCGAGUACAAUAACUCUUCGUAGCGGAAAAAUUCUGGAACCAGUUCCCGACAAAAGAAGACUUGCGAAGGAUAAGAAAGAAAAGGAGGAAAAAGAAAUCCUCGAAACGUUCAGGAAGGUUGAGGUGAAUAUCCCUUUGCUCGACGCUAUCAAACAAAUCCCUCGCUAUGCAAAAUUUCUCAAGGAAUUGUGUACUAGCAAGAGGAGGUUACUAGGUAACGAAAGAGUAAAUGUAGGAGAAAAUGUCUCCGCAGUACUGCAAAAGAAAGUUCCGCCCAAAUACAAGGACCAAGGUAUGUUCGCUAUUUCCUGUGAGAUAGGUAAUGUAGGCAUUAAGAAAGCCAUGUGUGAUUUAGGGGCUUCCAUUAAUGUUAUGCCUUAUCCUAUAUAUAAGUUGAUUAACGCGGGUCCUCUGAAAAAGACAAGAGUGAUAAUCCAGUUGGCGGACAGGUCAGUCGUCUAUCCCGAAGGGUUACUUGAAGACGUCCUUGUUAAAGUUAACGAAUUAGUUUUCCCUGCAGAUUUCUACAUUAUUAAUAUGGAGGACGAUAACUCAACUAAUUCAUCUGACAUUUUGCUUGGAAGGUCGUUUGGCAAAUCGCAAGUGCAAAAAUUGACGUUCGGAGCGGAACACUGA